AAGUACAGGAGGCGAUUUGAGCCGGCUCACUGUGCACCGGCGGAAGCGAGCGAAAUGAAGCAUCUCCUGACUGCACUCGUGGCCCUGCUGAGCAUCCUGCCGCGGGGCGAGCUCCUGGGAUCAGGACCCCCCUGCCCGCGUCGCUAUCUGCGCAGGAUCAACGGCAAGUGCUACUACUUUUCGGUGAAAAAGAUGAACUGGUUUGGCGCCCUGAACAACUGCCUACGCAAAGGACUGACCCUGGCGGACUUGAGCAACCAAAGGGACUUCGAUGGAGCCAUUGGGUUCCUAAGUGGCCUGGGCAACACGGAGGACUUCUGGUUCGGGGGCAACGAUCUGUACCACGAGGGGCGCUUCCAGUACAUCAGCAACGGUCGGCUGGUGCGCUACUACAGCAACUACAGCAACGUCCUGCCCCUGGAGCACUCCGAGUGCGACGACUGUCUGGAGGUGAGGAUCCGCUCCGAGAUCAACAUGGUGUCGGCGGACAACUGCCACGAGCGACAGUACUUUAUCUGCUCGGAACGAUACUGCCAGGACACGGAUAGUGGCAAGAAGCCGAAGCACCACAGCCACGAGCACUUGCAUCACUUCCACCACGACAUUGGCGAAAGUGCCGAAGGCGAGGGGGAGGGCGAUGGCGAUGGCGACCACGACCGCCAGGACCCCAUUGCCAGUGGCUCAGUGGAGCACCCGGAGCCGGACUCGGAGGAUGCAGCCGGGGCGCUCGACGUGCCCGAUGACGAUCAGCCUGAUCAGAAUGGCGUCUCGGUGACUCCGGGAGCGGAAGUAACAAAUACCGUUGACGGAACUGGUGAGCCGGGCGCAACUGCUGCCCCAGCCGCCGGAGCUGAAGCAGUUUCUCCAGCAGCAGAUGGAGCCGCACCCGCCGGAGCAGCUCCAGCUGCCGAAGGAGCCGCCACUCCUGCCGCCGACGGAGCCACGCCCGAACCCACACCCGCGCCAGGAGCAGAAGCCCCCGCCGCCGCAGCAGCCGAGACUCCGGCACCGCCAGCAGCCUGAUCUCCACAACUUGCCCAGCUGAAUCCCACAACUAUUAUCGAUUAAAAAUAAAUGAAAGCAAUAAUAUUA